AUGAUGGGAUUGGAUGUGUGGAAGAGCUGUUUUGCUGUGAUAGCUGCCCAGGCAGGCAUUCUUACAUUUCUACAAUUUGGGAAAACAAUAUACAAGCAUCUGAAAGGCACGAAGCUCGGGAACCUGCUGGGAGAUACUUGGUUAAGAAAGCAAGAUCAGUACAAGGAGUAUUAUUCUACUAUAUACUUGAGAAAGUGCUGUGGCAAACUCCCUGCUCUUUUAAAUAGGGAAGGCCAAUCCUCUGGCAGGCGUGCAACUUCCCGUGAUCUUGCGAAAAAGAGAUUAAAGUUUUUCAGUGAAGCUGUUGAUAUUAUGUACAAGAAGCAAUCCUACUGGAUUAUUUUGGACAAAGACUUGCACGAGAAAACGUGCCAGCCAAAGCGUGUAAGCCAUGGCAGUUUCAAAAUGAGGCACUUGAAUGAGAAAUUUGACUAUGGGGUUACAAAUCCAUAUCGAAAUUCUCCAACUGUCAAGUGGAGGCAUACUUGA